UUUUCUGUGGCGGGCGUGAGACGCAGGCGGCCAGACAGACCAUCCCGAGACACCGACCUCGCAAGUCCUCGCUCCUACACCUCCACGAUGUCUCAAGACAACCUCAAGUACCUGAGUGGUUUUGGGUCCGAGUUUACCUCGGAGGCGCUGCCCGGAGCUCUACCAGUGGGUCAAAAUAGCCCUCAAGUCUGCCCUUAUGGUCUCUAUGCUGAGCAGCUCUCUGGCACAGCCUUUACAGCGCCCCGAGAGAGCAACAGGAGGUCUUGGCUGUACAGGAUCAGGCCUGCAGUCGUUCAUAAACCAUUUGCUCCCAUAAAGCACAGUUUCCUUGUGAGUGACUUCACCAAGAGACAUCCCAACCCUAACCAGUUACGAUGGCAGCCAUUUGAUAUCCCAGAGGAGGAGGUAGACUUUGUUAAUGGAUUGCGGACAGUUUGCGGGGCAGGUGAACCACUUUCUCGCAGUGGUUGUGCUAUCCAUAUCUACGUUUGCAACAUCUCUAUGACUGAUUCAGCCCUUUACAACAGCGAUGGAGACUUCCUCAUAGUCCCCCAACAAGGCACUUUGGACAUCACUACAGAGUUUGGGAAAAUGUGCGUGUCACCCAAUGAGAUCUGUGUGGUGCAGCAAGGUAUGAGAUUCUCGGUCAGUGUUCGUGGCCCUUCUCGUGGCUACAUACUUGAGGUCUAUGAUGCUCACUUCAUCCUGCCCAACUUAGGCCCUAUUGGUGCUAAUGGUCUGGCUAGUCCUAGAGACUUCCUGACUCCAGUUGCAUGGUACGAGGACCGAGAUGUGAAAGAUUUCCGCAUCAUCUCAAAGUACCAGGGACACUUGUUUGAGGCACUGCAGGACCAUUCUCCCUUUGAUGUUGUAGCCUGGCAUGGCAAUUAUGUUCCUUACAAGUAUAAUCUCAAGCACUUCAUGGUUAUUAAUGCGACUGCCUUUGAUCACGCUGACCCAUCCAUCUUCACAGUGCUGACGUGCCCCAGUACGAAGCCUGGAGUUGCAAUUGCAGACUUUGUCAUCUUUCCACCACGCUGGGCUGUUCAGGACCACACUUUCCGACCACCAUACUACCACCGUAAUUGUAUGAGUGAAUUUAUGGGUUUGAUUUAUGGGAGUUAUGAGGCAAAGGAAAGUGGUUUUAAGCAAGGCGGGGCUUCCCUACACUCGAUGAUGACACCUCAUGGGCCUGAUGUUGACUGCUUUAAUAGUGCUUCUACUGCAGAGCUAACCCCAGUCAGGGUAGCCGAUGGUACACAGUCCUUCAUGUUUGAGACUUCACUAGGGUUGGGACUGACAAAAUGGGGUGAAGAAACCUGCUGUAAAAUUGACUUGGAUUACUACAAGUGCUGGCAAGGCCUCGAGAAGAAUUUUAAUCCAGACUGGAAGCCAGACCAAAAGAAGUGAAAAGUUAUCAAUGAAAUUGACUCUAAUGUCCUGAUGUCUUCAUAUAUUUGCAUAUAAAAACAUUAAUUUUCUAAGCCUUAGGCUUUUUACCUGUUGUGUAGCAAUACUGGGUACUUUUGCUAUCUUAAUUUUCUUAAACAAGAAACUGAAUUAGCUUUUUUUUUAAGCGUGAUGAAAUUAAAUGAUGUAGAAACUUUUACUGUCAAACGGAUGGAUAGAAGUACAAAGGAAAGGAAAAGUAAGGAAAAUUUAAUACUCUAAUGUACUUCUAUCCAUUCAUUGGAAUUUGGCACACUUAAAUUUGUAUUAUGAAACCUUAACAUGUUUGCAGUACUGAAUGUUGUAAAAAAAAAAAAAGUUUGUAAUGCAUUGUGAUAAUAUAUUUUUUUACAUUAUUAAUGAAUCAAAUAGAUUUGCAUUUGUAGUUAUGUAAUAAACUUAGUAUUAAAGGCACUGAAAGAUUCAA